UAUCUUAACAUAUAUCAGUGUUAUUGUUUUUUUGUAAAUAAAUAAUUUAAAUACUACUUGUAUGUCCUAAAAUAAGUAACUCCUAAUCCUGGAUUAAUCUAAAACCUGUCCAGAAAACCGCCCUGUAGUCCACAAAUUUGUAUGUGUUAAAAUAAACAGUGACUUUCCUGAUUAACACUUUACUCUGGACCUGUAUCAAGUUAUCAGCUAUCAAAUAUUGUGUAUGGUUGUAACUCAAACAGUUAGAUAUUGUGCCAUUUUAUUUAUAUAUGUAAGUACACUAGUCAACAUUUGAAGUGGAUCAAAAAAGUUAAUCAAAGUUGUCCAAAGAUCAGGAGUUGGGAAUUGGUUUUAAAACAACUUUUAUGAAAGGUUUUGAUCCACUUCAAAUGUUGAUUAGUAUAGUUAAAAUAUGUCGUUUUAAUAAAUGAAUAUGGUCUUAAGACGUGUUUAUUAAUAUUGGGAUUAAGUGCAGUUAAAAUAUGCCCACAUUAUUUUGUAUAAACAACAAAAUAUAAUAAUAAUUGUGAAUAUUGUAUUAUAUCAGCGGUAUCUGAACCAAUCGGUGUUUACUAUGCUAUAACUUAUAUCAACAUUUGUAUUUCACGUUACGUCCAUUUUGCUGAACUUCCGUCUGAUCUUAAAUGGGCCAAUCACUUAAGAGCACGAGACUGAGGCGCGAAAGCUGCUAACCUGAUAUCAAAUUACUUCACUUAUUUUCAUCUUUUCUUGCUAACUUAUACAGAUAGCAAAAAGAAUUAGAACUUAUACAGAUUCAGACGUUUUUGUUUUGCACAUCAUACUUUUUCCAUCGUGUUGUAUAGUGUCACGAGGUGGCGAUCUGUAUUGUUUUUGGUUCGGGUGGCUUUCUGAGCCUCGAACGUGUACAAGAAGCACAGAUGUCGUUGGCAAACAGUGCAAUCAAAACGGACACCUGAAGUGGUGAGUGUUUGUAAUAAAUAUGUCGAUUAAAUGUGUACUACUUGAAAAUGUUUGACAUUUGCCGAGCUUUUUUAAUUAGCGUGUAGAUGUCGUUCCGUUUUUCGAGAUGAACGUUAAAUCUCAAACUCUAUAACGUUAGUUGGGCGUUUUUAGUUCGUUUAUUUGACAAUAUGGAUGAACAGUCUGCCAUGACAUCAGUUUUAUUUUAUUAAAUACUUUAAAACGUGAAAUUGUGUGAGGUAAGUUUGAUUCGACGUCGAUGAGAGUUAAAGGCUAUAAGUUACAAUAAUCAAGUGUUUGGUUGCGCACAAUUUUCCUGUUGCAUUUGCUGCAUUUCAUAUUGAACGUUAUCUAAAGUUAUUGCAUUGCCUCAUUUUAAGAACUUUUAAAGUUUGUGUAUUAAGCGUUAAAUAAAAACAAAUUACUAAGCUGUAGAAUGCUGAAUGAUCCAUUCUCAAUUUAAACGUAACAAUUGUGUCAGGAAACUGGUGUGUUGAUAGCACUAUUUAACUGUGAUUCUUUGCUCAACACUAAGAUGAAGAUUCAGUCUCUCUUACUAAACCUAGAUAAAGGUAUUACUUAUUUAAUAUGGUUUUAAUAUGGUGCAUAUGUGGGUAGUUGCUAGUCACAUGUUGUAGUUGUACUAUUUUUAUAGUUCUUGUUUAACACGUGUACUUUUGGUUUCUGUAGGUAUGCAGUUUGUAUUUUUUAUGAUAUUGUAAUGUAGAGUAUUUAUGCUGAAGUGGAGGCUGUUAAACUGCAAUGCAUCAAUCUAACUGAAAAUUAUGAAAUGCCCUAAUUUAAAGUAAUGUUAUAAAGUUAAUCUAAUUAAAGAGAUAAGUUAAUUAGUUUUACCUUAAAAUUUAGCUGUUCGCUAAACAAAAGUUUGUCAACCACCCAUUUGCAUAACAUCAUGACUAACAAUGUAGGCUGAAUUAAGGUAAGUUUGGACUGGUUUUGCAAUCUCAAUGUCAAAAUGUUUUACCAUUUACCUGAAUUUAUCCUACAAGAUGUCAUUUGAAGUUGUUUUGGGAUGCUUUGGUUUCCUUGUAAAUAAAAGGUAUUUAAUUACCCAUAUUAAAGGUUUUAAUUUUCUCUCUUUCUAGAUACACCAAACACCAGGUCAUCGAAGAGUGGGUUGUGGAGAAAAACACAAUGUGUUCUAUACCGGGACUCCCAUCAACAGGUUCAAAUGUACCUGUACUCAUUUCCAGAGUAAAUGUAAAUCCCUCAUGUGUUCUGGUAGAGUUUUGGGGUAAUUUUGAUCAAGACCGGAAGUUUGCAUAUCAGCAACUGAAAAAGGAGAUCCAGUACCCAAGAGAGGUGUUUUGUGAAUCUGAUGGAAAUCCUGGGGACUUGUGCCUUGUACGUGUGUAUGAAACAUGGUACAGGGCACGUGUCGUAUCAAAAGAUACUGAGGAGUACAGUGUGUUUUUAAUUGAUGAAGGAAAAACACUACGUGCCACGGUUAACACGUUAGCAUGGGGCAAAAGUGAAUUUUUCUAUCUACCUCCUGAGGUUGAAUUCUGUGUUCUCGCUAAUGUCUUGCCACUGUCUCCUGCGAACAAAUGGUCAACAAUGGCCUUGGAGUUCAUGAAGACCUUCUGCGGUAAAAGAGUUAGCGCCUCCGUUCAAGAUGUUCUCGUGCCUCAUCGAACAUUCCUACUUGACAUUCCUUGUCUGUCCAAACAGAUGUAUGAAAUGGGGUUCGCAAAAAGACUGUCCAGUGAAAGGUUCAAAGAGUUUGUUACAAAGUCUAUUCAGGCUAACAGUGGACCUGCAGAUCUUCAGAGAAUUUCAUCCAUUGUGAACAAGCCCUUGGAACCCAUUGAGCCAAUGGAGAAGCCGCAAUUCUACAUGUAUCCAGAGUUGCAGACUGAUACUGUUGAGACUGUGGUUGUCACAGAGGUGUCAAGUCCAUUUCGAAUAUUCUGUCAACUUAAGGUGUUUUCUCAGGAGCUAAGGAAGUUAACAGAACAGAUAACUCUGCAUUACGAAGGAAGAAUUGGAACACAUUUUGCCAGACCUGAGAAUUUGGGCAGCCCAUGUGCAUCAAGAGGAAACGAUGGAAAGUGGUAUCGUUCUGUGCUGCAGCAGGUCAUGUCUGCCACCAGUGUGGUUGAGGUUUUGCACGUGGAUUAUGGAAAGAAACAAUUCGUACAGGUUGAGAACGUCAGACCUCUUGCCUCCGAAUUCUUCAGAAUGCCUGUUGUAACGUACGUGUGCUCUCUUCAUGGAAUAGUUGACAGAGGUGUUGGUUGGACAUCUUCACAGAUUGAUUUCCUGAAAUCUCUCCUGCUCAACAGAACAGUGAUUGCCAAAUUUCAGUAUCAGAGCCUUUCAGAGGGUGUCCACUAUGUCACGAUUUAUGGAGAGGAGAACACGAACAUCAACAAGCUCUUUGAAUUGAAACAGAAAUGUGUGCUGGACUCUGAUAUGACCAGUAUUGAUUUUGCUGUUCAGAAGACCUCAUCGUCUCAGAGCAAAAUUUCAGAGAGAAGUGAGAGCAGACUUCCAGAUGAAACUUACUCUGACCCUAAAGGGAACAAACCUGUGUUUUUUACAGAAAGCCUCCCACCUAACAUUUCACAUGUAGCUGUUGUGCAACAUGUUGACAGCCCUGGAAAGUUUUGGGUUCAUACUCAGCGUUACGGUGACGAAUUCGAUCAGCUAAUGAACAGCCUCGGACGUUUGUACGAUGAUCCAACCAGUACAGAAAGUUUGAUAAAGAAGCCUGUUGCCGGUCUCCUCUGUGCUGCUAAAGCACAAGAUGGUGUGUUCUAUAGAGCAGCUAUCUGCAAGGUGAUCGACAAGAAAGCAGAAGUUUACUUCCUUGACUAUGGGAACUCAGAACUUGUUGAUUGUUGCAACCUUCGACAGUUGCCAAUGAGAUUCCAGCAGCUACCAGCUAUGGCAGUGAAGUGCUCACUCCAUGGUGUUAAAUCCAAACUGAAACACUGGGAUGAGAAGGCUACGUUGUACUUUUUGCAAAUCGUUGAAGAGAAAGUACUUGAUCUGCUUGUACUAAACAAGUUUCAGGACACACAUUUUGUUCAGCUGGUGGACCCCAGUUUAGAGGGUGAAAAUAAUAUAAGCAAGUUGUUGUGCAAAGCAGACGUGGCAGACAGUGAAAAGAGCCUUGUGGAGAAUCCUGCCAUAAGACUAUGCAGUUUAAAAACGGCACACACCACUGCUCUGUUCAAGACAAGUACUCGACCUCAAACACCGUCCAGUUCUUCUGUUGUGUCAGAAAGUGCUUCUGCUUUCAAGGAGUAUUUAUUUCCAAUUGGAAGUUCACUGGAGGUAACAGUGUCCUACAUCCAAAGUCCGAAUGACUUCUGGUGUCAAAAAGCCAAAAAUGCAGCAUGUUUAGAAGUGCUGAUGCAAGAUAUUCAGCGCUUCUAUGCUCAUAGUGAAAUUCAGCAACCUUUCGAAGCAGCUUGUGUUGCCCGUCACCCUGAUAAUGGCAUAUGGUACAGAGCCUUGGUCAUUCACAAGCACCAAACGCCACAUGUUGAUGUGUUGUUCAUUGACUAUGGACAGACGAAGAAGGUAGCCAUUGAGGAUCUUAGGAAAAUAAAUCCAAUGUUUUUGAAGAUGAAAGGACAAGCCUUUCGUUGCAGUUUAUAUAAUCUGAUCCACCCAGUCUCUCAAUCAGCUAUGGAAUGGAGUCCUGAAGCCACAUUGCAGUUUCAAGAAUUCGUUGACACCGCAGCUUCCACAAAUGUGCCUUUGAAAUGCACAAUUUUUGCCGUGAUGUACGAUUCCCAGAAAGUGGUGUUCAAUGUGGUGGAUUUGGAGACGCCGUUCCAAAGCAUUUGCAAUCUACUUGUCCAAAGACAUCUUGCUGAUCGCGCACCUUCUAAAAGAACUCCUGUCCCGCCCUUUCGCCUGGACACCUACUACUACUCCACACACAGUAUCAAGACUGGUUGUGAAGAGAAAGUAAGCAUCACCCAUGUAAAAAGUCCCACUCAGUUCUUUUGCCAUCUGGCAAGGAAUGCAGACCAGGUGGAAGAACUUGCUGACAAAGUCAACUCCCUGUGCCGUCAACUAGAGGUUACAAAGUGUCCUCAGACGUUCGGAACAGUAUGCUUUGUAAAGUACACAGAUGGACUUUGGUAUAGAGGUCAAAUAAAGUCUACAAAACCAUCAAUUGUGGUUAAUUUUGUGGAUUAUGGUGACACACUUGAAGUUGAAAAAUCAGCCUUGCUGCCGGUGCCAAUUGAAGCUGGAGAGAUAAUGACAGUCCCAGUGCAGGCAGUAGAAUGUGGACUCUCAGACAUACCAGACGAUAUGCCAUGUGAAGUGGUUAAGUGGUUUAAGAAUUUUGCAGAGGACUAUUCUCUCAAAGCUUUGGUUGUGGCAAAAGAUCCUGGAGGGAAACUAAUGGUGGAACUUUAUGAUGGAAAAACUCAAGUAAAUGCAUUGAUCAAACAGAAGUUUCGUCAUGAAAUUCCUAGAAAUGAACCAAGCACAUUCAAAGACUUCGGCUCCAGGAGCAAAAAUGCACAAGGCAUGGGAGACCAUGUGAGAGAGCGUUCCAUGGAUGUAAAGAAAUAUCCCAUGGAUAAGGUUCAGCGAUCCAGUGAAAGUCAUGCAGCACAGAAAGGUAAUGGCUUAGAAUCGAAGCAUAGCAAGUGGGGAUUCCAUAAAGAUGUCGAACCGGAACCAACCAAGGAUUUACCGAUGUACCAUAGUGACCAAAAUCAACCCAAACCACAAAGAAAGCCAGAUGGUGGAGAUGAGUUGAUGCGCCCUUGUCAACCUCUGAAAAAUGAUAAUGUUAUAACCAAGCCCCAGACUUCCCUCAAAGAGUCUGACCUCCCAGUGAAAUUAAUAAAACCAGGCAAGGAAGCCAACAUCUUCAUCUCGCAUUGCAAUAGUCCUCUUGAGUUCUUUGUUCAGCUGGCAACAGAGGAGGAUGACAUUUAUUCACUUGUGGAGAAGUUAAAUGAUGACCAAUUGAAGCAUGUAAAUGUUAAUCCCAGUGAUAUUCAUGAGGGAGACUUGGUCUGUGCAGUGUUUCCUGAUGAUAACUCUUGGUACCGUGCAGCAGUAAGAAAAAACACUGGUGACACAGUUAAUGUUGAGUUUAUUGACUUUGGAAACUCUGCUGUGGUUUCUUCGUCAAAAAUAUGUUGUCUUGAUCAAUCCUUUGCUUUAUUUCCAAGGUACAGCAUCCACUGCUCGCUAAGUAAUCAGAAUGUUGACGGCACAGACCAAAGCACUGUACCCAACUUCAAACAGGUAGUUGAACAAAACGUCGAUAAGGUCAUGUGCACAUUUGUGAAGCAGUCAGGGACUGUAUGGGAAGUGAAACUUGAUAUUAAUGGUGUUGUGCUGGGAUCCACUCGCAAGGAUGAAAGUCCACCAGUGGUUGAGCUUAAGACCCCAAGUGUCAAGCAAACAUCUGAUGUCAAGGAAUGCACAUUUUACAAAAACCCUGAUGUAUCAUUUGGAGAAAUGCUCAGCGGUUAUGCCUCAUUCAUCAGAGGUCCUCAGCUCUUCUGGUGCCAGAAUGCAAAAGCAGACAAGCUCCAAGAGAUUUCUGAUGUGUUACUGAAUGUCAGUGAUGUGUUGGGAAAUACAUUGAAGGAGGACUCUGUGCCAGUGGGAAGUGCUUGCAUCGCCCUUUACGCUGAAGACAAUCUGUGGUAUCGUGCUAAAGUGACAUCUAGGGACCAAGACAUAUUGUCAGUUACCUUUAUAGACUAUGGAAAUGAAUCCAAAGUGAAUAUAAGCAAAGUGGGAGCACUUCCACCUGAGCUGUCUGAUGUUCCCCCUCAAGCAUUUGACUGCCAGCUUGAAGGUUUUGAUCUUUCCAAGGGUGCCUGGGAUGAAAAGGCAGAUGAUGAGUUUUUUGAGCUUAUUAAUGAAAAGCUUUUAGACAUUACCAUUGAGAGAAUGGGAAACUCUGAAAUGCCAUACUUUGUCAAGGUGGAGUGCGAUGGUGUUCUCAUCAACAAUGUCAUGCAACAGUAUUGGAGAAGCCUUGAAAGCCCAUCCGUUGAAGAGUUGAGUGGAGCAGAACUGGUUUCCUUUGAAGAUUCUGUGGCAGCUGAAAUUAGAGUUGGCUUUGAAGGCGAUACUGAUCUUGUUGCAAGUAAAAUAUGCACCUCAGGCCUCAAAAUUCAACAUGCUAACCAAGAGCAACCCGAUAAACCAAUUUAUACAGAGGUCGAUGAAGCACAGGGUGAGCCACUUGUGGUGAAUGAUGAAAAUCUUCCCUUAGCUGAUUUGAGUUCGAGUAUGGUGUCCUCAAGACCCCUGGAAUCCACAAGAGAUCCAGAACAUGAACCAAUUUCUGAUGUCACAGCAAGUUUAUUAGACCUGACAAACCAAAAUGAUGGUGCCAAAGAAACACCUAUGGAUCCAGUGCCCUCUCAUCCAAAUUUGGCCUCUGAUAGUCCCUCAGAUAUUAUUCCACCAGAGGCUGAUUCUGAAUUGUGCAUUGUUGAGGAACCAGAGUCUCCAUUAUAUGCGAUUAUUCAGACAGACUUGGGUUGUAUCAGGCGAGCUGCGAAGAAGAAACCUGUUGGAUCAGAGUGUGUUAUUUGGUCACACGUAAGACGACACUGGUGCAAGGCGCAAAUUUUAAAGGUUUCUGAAGAUGCUACAUUGGUUUUGCUUAUGGAGCAUGAUUCUGAGGUGAUGGUAGAUUCAUCCAGCAUCUUUGAGAUUCUGCCAGAACAGCCAAUGCAGCCUUCAUGCAUUGGAGCUGCAGAUCCAAGUGAUGAGUUGAUUGAAGGAGUACUUGCUGCACCAGUGAAGAAUGUAUACCAGGCUGAAGAUGAGGAAAAUGAAACCACUCCAAUUUCAUCCUCUGAGGAACCAGUUGGCGGCAAGAGUGGCAAAUGUCUCUUUGAGAAGGAUCCAGGUGAUGAACCUGGAGUACAGCUUCAAGCAAUGGGAUCUGUGUCCUGUUCUGAUGCUUUGGUUGAAGAUUUUACUGAUGCAUCAGGGGCAGCAUGUGCACAACUAGUUGAAAUACCAACUACUGCCAUGUGUUCAGAAGACCUACAAAGGGAGGCUCACGAGGACAGAGAUGCUUCAGCUGGAGAGCAAAAAGGGGCUGCAAAGAAUACAAUGGAUUUACUGAUGGAUUUCCUUGAUGCUAAUCUCCAGGAUAAGGUAGUGAAUGUUGCAAGCAGGACCGAACCUGAAAUAGAUGCCUUGCUUAAGGAGUUUAACAAUGUUACUGAAGAUCUUAUUGUUCUGACCAGUGAUGAUGGUGCAGAGUCAGACGCUACAUCUGAUAGCACGCUUCAGGGAGAAGUGAUGGAGGUCUGCACUGAUGCUGAAGAACCGUCAUGCUUACCAGAAAGAUCAGAUUUUAGCAGCUCAGAAGAGCAGGCUUCAAGAGUCACUCAUCUGACAUUGAAGGUUGAGGACGAACCUGAUGAAUCUGUUAUUUUUGUGGGUGUUUUGCGAGACCCUCAGGCAGAAGUAUGUGAGCCAGAACAGAAAUGUGACUAAUCUAAACCAAAUCAAAUUCUGGUGAGGGACAAUUUACUUUGUUAAUGUGUUUUUCCUUUAAUUGCCAGCAGCUUGGUGUAUUUUGCGAGGGUGUUAUUAUGUUCACAUACUCUACUAAACCUAAGGUCUAUGUGGAUUACUACCAUGAUCCAGUUUGAUAGCAAUGAGCACUUCUACCUUUUUCACACAAAUACAAUGCAUUAUUUCUCAUUCUCAGGUUUAAAGGCUGUUUUGUUUGUUCUUAUUUCUCAGCCUUUUGUUGAUUAUUUAAAGCAGUUGUAAGAAAAAAAAAUAAUAUUCAAAUUAUCUUUGAUUUUCUAG